UUGCUUUCACACUACACUCCUUGCAGGGCACAUGAGCGUUCUGUCAGCGUAGAUCAGGAAGCGAUCGCUCGAAUCGAUACUUGUCAGCUUGCUGCUAAUAGUCCAAUAGAAGACUUCUACUCGGCUGCUAAAUGUCUUUCAUCUAAUGCAUUUCUUUUUGGAGUUUUUGAUGGACACGGUGGUCAAUCGUGUAGUAGACAUAUAUCUGUAGCUUUAUUCCCGUAUAUAUGCGCUUCAGUUUUAAAGAAGCAUGAAGUAAUUCGCGAAGCUCUUAAAUUUGCUUUCGAAAUGUGCGAUGAAGAUUUAUGUCGUGCUGCUUUACCGGACAAUAGAGGACAAAUUGAUAGGCAAGACAAAGCGAUUCUGUUAUCAGUAAUGACUGCUGCUUCCGGCUCCUGUGCAACACUUGCACAUAUACGGGGACGAAAUCUUCAUGUAGCAAACGUAGGAGAUAGUGCAGCAGUGUUAGGUUGGUGGAAUAUUUGGACAUUUCUAAUUUUCCCCCAUUUUUCUGGACUGUUAUUUCUACUUUGA